AUGCAGCAGGCCCUGGCUCUUUGCGCCUGCCCGCCCCUGGCUGUGGCGGUUGCGGCCGCCUGCAGGCCGGCCAAGCAGGCCAGGGCGGCGGAGAGUGCCACCGCCAAUGGCACCUCGUCCUCGGCCAUCCCUGAGCCUGUGGUGAAGAUCGACAACGAGAGCGACCCCUUUGCCACCAUCGUGUCCGUCGAGUAUGGCGACCGCCUGGGCGAGCUGCUUGACACGAUUGCUUCUCUCAAGGCGCUGGGCCUCAACAUCCGCCGCGCCAAGCUGAAGAGCGACCGGGAGCACAAGUUCUACGUGACCGACAUGCGCACCAGUGAGAAGGUCGUCAGGAGCGCCAAGCUGGAGGAGAUCCGGCUGACCAUCCUGCAGAACCUGCUGCAGUUCCACCCAGAGUCUGGGGAGCAGCUGGCUUGGGGCACCCCCGCCGCGCGCCAGGCCGUGGUGACUCGCGACAUAGACCCGACUGCGCCGCUGGGCGCCAAGCGCGGCAUCUCCACCCAGAUCGAGGUGCGGGAGCACCCCACCGGCACCCACUCCGUGCUGCUGGUCAACACGCUCGACAGGCCCGGCCUGCUCACGGACAUUGUGCGCGUGCUGAAGGACGUCAACCUGAACGUCGUGUCGGCUGAGGUGGACACCAUCGGGCGCAACGCCAUGGACCGGUUCAACAUCACGUACCACGGAGAGCCUCUGUCUGACCCCAUGUGCCAGCUCACCGUCAACGCGCUUCAGUACUACCUGAGCCAGGGGGAGGUGGAGAAGGAGUGGAGCGAGUCGUACUGA